CUCCGAGCGUUACUCACGCCUCCACCAAUCAGACCCACACGUAGCUGUAUACUUUGACGGUUUGCACAUCCCCCUCCAUAACGCAAUAGGGUUCGGCGACCUGGACCAACCAUGACAACCUGAUCUGAGAACCAUCUGCGUGUGCUCCAGAUCGCGGAUCGCGUGUAUAACAAUAGCAUUACUCACCCAGCAUACACACACUCACAGCAAUCUCACAAUGGCACGACUUGCCACUGCUGGCGCUCCACCCGGCGCCCCAGAUACAACAUCGAUCAACCUCGAGCGCAUCCUAUCGCGGCUAGAGCGCACACUCCUCUCUUCAAACAGCGAUCCAAAGCUACGCAGGUCAGGCUUCGAACGCACAAAGGUUGGCGCAAAUCUCGAGCACGCAAGAUCGCUCCUGCUACGACUCGAACACGAGAGCGCCGAUAUCAAGAUCCAGUCGAGGAAGCAGACCGUGCAGGCGGAGCUGCAGGCCCGCCGCGAGCAGAUCAAGCGAUUGACCCAGCGCCUGUACGAGCUCAACCAGCUCGACGACUCCGAGGGGGACUCGGAGUCCGACGAGGCCGAUGAUGAUGAUGAUGACGACGAGGACUUGUUCCCGUCAUAUGCGCCGGCGAAGCACGCCGAGGGCGGGCUCGAGACGUCGCAUACACCGCAGAAUGAAGCGCUGAGGGCCGCCGCGGAGAAUCUGACGUCGUCGAUCCGGGCCCGGAGGCCUCAAGCGGCGGCGGCGGCGACGACUGAAGCUGCUGCGACUUCGACGACGAGAGGGACGACGACGGGCAGCACGCCGUUUCCUGCGUCGGGUAGACCUACUACGGAGACUACUACGACUGCGACGACAGAAGCCAUGCUAUCACAUAACAGGGCCGAGCAGGAGGAUCUUACGUCGUCGCUGUUCUCGAUGGCACAGGCACUCAAGGCACAGAGCGUCAAGUUUGCUCAGACGCUAGACCUGGACAAAGAAGUGUUGAACAAGACCAUUGCAGGCCUGGACAAGAACACAGACGGCAUGGACGCAGCUGGGCGGAAGAUGGGCACCCUGCGACGGAUGACCGAGGGCAAGGGCUGGUGGGCUCGGAUGCAGCUAUACGCAAUCAUAGCCGGAUUGUGGUUUGUCGCGUUUGCCAUUGUCUUCAUACUGCCCAAGUUUAGAUUCUGAGCGCGUUUGGGAUACGGCUGCAUAGCGACGGCGCACACGGUAUAUUAGUCCACGAUUUAAGAAAUUAUUCUAUGUUCA